AUGGCCAGGGCCUCGUUGGCGGGCAACGGCGGCGGCGGCUCAUCUUACGUGGUCACUGGGGUUUUCUUUCUCUUCUGCAUGAUGGUGGCGUCUCUCUCUAUCAUUCCAACCAUCCUCUUCGCUUGUGGUGAUGAUGACCGCGGUAAGAAGAAAAAGGAUCGCGGCGGCGGCGACGAUGGUGGUGGCGGCGGCGGCGAUUGUGGUGGUGGGGGUGGCGGCGGCUGUGGUGGAGGCGGCGGCGGCGGCGGUGGUGAAUGA